AUGGAAACAGCAAAGCGUAAAACAAUAGAAACCAUCGUCUCAAAACUCAGCUCCGUCUCCGAGCAAACCAGAUCCUCCGCUUUAGCCGAGCUAAGACUCAUCUCCAAACAAGAUCCCGACAGCCGCUCCAUCAUCUCCGACGCCGGAGCCAUCCCUUACCUCGCCGAGACUCUCUACUCCUCCUCCCCUUCCUCCCAAGAAAACGCCGCCGCCACUCUCCUCAACCUCUCCAUCACAUCCCGCGAACCUCUCAUGUCCUCGCGCGGCUUGCUCGACGCGCUCUCCCACGCUCUCCGCCACCACGACACCUCCACCUCCCCCGCCGCCGUCCAAUCCUCCGCCGCCACGAUCUACAGCCUUCUAAUCUCCGAGGAGUCUUACCGUCCCGUCGUCGGAUCGAAACGAGACAUUAUCUUCUCCUUGAUCCACAUCAUCAGGUACCAAGACUCGCAUCCGAGAUCGAUCAAAGACGCGUUGAAAGCUCUCUUCGCCGUGGCUCUCCACCCGGAGAACCGCUCCACGAUGAUCUCGUUAGGCGCGAUCCCCGCGCUCUUCUCGUUGAUCGUGAAGGACUCGAGGUGCGGGAUCGUGGAGGACGCGACGGCGGUUAUGGCGCAGGUCGCGGGGUGUGGGGAGAGCGAGGAAGGGAUGAGGAGAGUCUCUGGAGCCAAUGUGCUUGCGGAUCUGUUGGAUCCGUGCACUGGCUCCAGCCUUAGGAUCAAGGAGAACGCGGUUAGCGCGCUUUUGAAUCUUGCGAGGUGCGGUGGGGAUGAGGCGCGUUUGGAAGUUGCGUCUGCGGUUGCGUCUGGUGCGGAUGAAGGUGCUAUGGAAGGGAUUUUGUAUGUUGCUGAGAAUGGGAGUGAUAAAGGAAGGAAGAAGGCGGUUGAUCUGUUGAAGCUCGUUUCGGACGAUUCACGUUUUGAUCAUCUGAUUAAUGAUGAUAAUCCGAGUAGUAUCUGA